UUGCGCGCCAAGCCCGCUUUGAGAUGGUAUAAAGGCGACAGCAAUGCGCUGCACGAAACACUUCAUUCGAACGCUGUGCCAGUGAACAAAAGUCAAGAGGAAAAUCAUGUCUACGAAGUUCAUCAUUGCAGCUGUCACCCUUUGCGGAAUUAUAUUCACGCCAGCAAAUUCUGUACAGGAGGAAAACAAUAUAUAUUUACCAGAGCCAGGGGACGAUAAAACCAAUUGGGAAGCACUAUGGAAGGCGACAAAAGAUAAUCCUGACGUGUCAAGAUCUGAUGAUUCGAGUAUAUUCGAUAUGAUUCUAAGCAUAAAUGCCAAAGAAAGAGGCAACGGUGAGAUAGGAAGAAGCGAUGAGGAAAGUCAGGAAACCUUCUUGUUCGAAGGUGAUAUUAAUACGAAGAAUAAAAACGAAGCGAUAAGAAUAAUCAAGGAAAAUGCUGGAACAUCGCGCCAGAGACGGGCAAUCAUACGUAAUCGUGGAAGGUUAUGGCGAGAAAACGCCAUAGCUUACGCCAUCGACGGAAGUUUACGAGGUGUUGAGUCCAACAUCAAACGCGGGAUUCAAGAAUGGGAAGCAACGUUACCUUCUUGUAUGGGUGGAUGGCGGGAUGUGACGAGACAGAGUAGACCAAAAGAUUACAUGUACUUUUUCCGCGGCAACGGAUGCUACUCACAGGUUGGCCGCGUAGGUGGUGCACAGAGAAUUUCAAUUGGUAAUGGUUGUCAACAGCAUGGAGUGGUUGUUCACGAAAUUGGUCAUGCAAUGGGACUUUGGCAUGAACAAUCCCGUCCAGACAGAGACGCAUACGUCGAAAUUUUUUGGAACAACAUUAUACCAAGGAUGAGAUUCAACUUCCAGAAACAUUCCAGUAACGGAGUUGACAGCCUUGGCGUGGGAUAUGACUAUGGUAGCGUUAUGCAUUAUGGAUCAUAUGCUUUCUCAAGCAACCGGCGGAAAACAAUUGAUAGCAAAAAUCCUAGUGGGAGACGAUUAGGACAACGAAAUGGGCUAAGUCCAAAAGAUAAGAAACAAGUUCAGCUUCUUUAUCGAUCGCAAUGCUCAACGACGCCUACAAGAAAACCAAACCCAUCAGGUUGCGAAAGCGAUUUGCAGUCUGCUAGGAAUUGCCAAUAUUGGAAGGGAUUGGGCUAUUGUGAGACGACAUACGUGAGUUAUAUGAAGAAAAACUGCUGCAAGACAUGCAUUAGCUCUGUCACUGGUUGCAAUGGCGAUGUAGGGUCUGCCAGGAAUUGCCAAUAUUGGAAAGGAUUGGGCUAUUGUGAGAGGACAUUCGUGAAUUUUAUGAAAAAAAAUUGCUGCAAGACAUGUAAUGGCCAAUGACUUGCUGAUGGCUGGGACUGCUGUGAAUAGAGUAGUGCGAAUUUUCUGUAUUUUUCUAAUUGAACAUUUCGAGUCUUUUUGCCCAUUUUUGGUGACAGUUGGUCUGCCCGCAUUUCACAAUCAGAUGUCAGAACAUUCAACUACGCCUGUAUUGCCUAAUUCCUCGGUCACGUGACCUGUGACGUUUGCAUGGUUAUCCAUUACAUUGAUUCCCAAUUCGAAUGUGCUACCGAAGUAGUAAAAGUGCACAGCUUUUGUUUUUUGGCUCGUACUUCAUAAUUCAGUUUUUACAUUCUGGCAUAAAGUUUAUUACUUUCGAUUCACUCUUUUAAGGUCUGUUCACACGAACUUAUUUCGUCGUAUCCAAAUCACUCCUGACGUAUGUUUUAUUGUCUACUUGCAAUGUAUAUUGGCAGGAAGUCAACUAAAGCCAAUGCAGUACUUCUUUAUCAAUAACAAACUACAUUCCGUACGUCAUAAGGGAAUUGGAAGUUAGAUCUUGUGAACGACCUUUAACGGCCUUUUGCAUCCUACGACAAUCCGUGUAUAUAAUAUGCUUAACUUGUAUUUACAGCAACAUAUUUCACAGCACACGCUUAAUAAAAUACGGUCAGCACAAAAGUGUUUUGAAGUCAGUAGUUUACCCUCGUUACUUCGUCCUUGAUUAUCAUUGUCGUAUAGUACAUAAUUAUGACCGUUAUAGUGCGCUAUCAUAUAAAGAGAUGCAGAAAACAAAUGACCUAAACUUCAUCUGCCACUAUAUCAGACCACGAUUGCAUUUGGGCAAACCACCUGAUUCUCCCUUCUGAUAGUCACAUUGAGUCCUAUAUCAUCGGCAACCGCGCUUCCUAUUUCACAUGAUCUCACUCAAGCGUUUACGAUUGCCAGCACGAAAACAUAACGCCGUCGUCUACAAAACCAAGUGGGGCCUUGACCUC